AUGAGGAAUCAACAAGUGGACCUAAAACCGUGGUAUACUCAGCCAAAAACUUCGAUUGGGUUUGACCAUAAACGAGAUGAACAUGAUCUAGAACGCGCAAAGAGGUGUGAUGAAAAGCGAAAGCAUGACGAGGAUCCCCUGGAGACUGUGCGAAAGUAUGUUAAAAUGAAACCAGAGAGCUCUGGGGAAGCGGAAUACAUGAAAAACAACCGUUCACUACAGGAAGAGCGGCAUCAACGAGAGGCUCAUGAGGCAGAACGGGCAGCUGCGUUGAAGAAACAGCGCUCUUUUUUUCGGACAAGGGCUCGUGCAUUGCGCGAAGCACGAGUCGAGCACUGA